AACCCAGGCCCAAACAAAAAAACUCUUGUCCUUUUUCCGUUCUAAACCCUGAUGAAUGAAAGAUAGCUAGCGCUAACCUUCAUUGUUGCAUAGUUAAAAAAGUGAACAAACCAUGGCAACUCCAUCGAAGAGGAACAAGAAGAACAAAACCACAAAGCAAUACGGCAUCGAAGAACUGAAAACCCUAGGAAACGAAUUACUCUCAUCAACAUCAAAAAUCAACAACCUCCCUAUUCUUCUCACCGUUGUUUCACCUUCUUCUCCACCUCACCAUAUCCUCGAAUCGCUUCUCUCUCUUCAUGCUUUCUUCCUUACUGAACUCCCUCAACUUCCUUCCUCAACCGCCACUGCCUCCGCCUCCGACGACGGUGACCAAUCCAAAUUCAUUUACCUCACUUGGCUCCGUUCCAAGUUCGAUGAGUUUCUUAAGUCGCUUAUCGAUGUUCUUGUAUCGGAUAAAUCUGAUGAAACUCUUAAGGAAGUUGUGUUGGAUACUUUGAUGGAGUUUGUUAAGGUUGCUAAUGGUGGAACUUUUCAUUCUUCUUUAUAUAAUAGAAUUCUUCGUAGCAUUAUUCACUCUACUGGUCCUGCUGAAUUUUUGAUUGAUUUACUAACAUCAAAGUAUUUCAAGUAUAUCGAUGUCCGUUAUUUUACAUUCAUAAGCCUAGAAAAGCUCGCUAGAAAUUUGGAAGGAAAAGAUGUUUCAGAUGAUAAAACUGCAAGUGCAGAUGGCACCGAUGAAAGUCAAUUGUGCUCAAAUAUUGAGAGCGUCAUCCACAAUAUGUACUACACCAUAUCACAUGUUCCCCCUCCUGAAAAAUCAGAUGACACAUCUGAUUUUGAAAUGUGGAGUGUAUCAGAUGCGGAUGAUAAGCAGCUGAAGUCCAAGAAGCGUAACAAUAAUGUAUUGUCUGCUGCCAGACUUGCGAAAAAGAUGAAGUUAAAAUUUACUAAAGCUUGGAUUGCAUAUCUUAGAUUGCCACUUCCGCUAGAUGUGUACAAAGAGGUCCUUGUUAACCUUCACCAAGCAGUGUUUCCUCAUCUGUCUAAUCCCAUCAUGUUAUGUGAUUUCUUAACAAGGUCAUAUGAUGUUGGUGGUGUAGUCAGUGUGAUGGCUCUUAAUAGCCUUUUUGUCCUAAUGAUGGAGCAUGGAUUGGAAUACCCGAAUUUCUAUGAAAAACUUUAUGCACUAUUAGUUCCAUCUAUCUUCAUGGCAAAACAUCGUGCAAGGUUUUUCGAGCUUCUUGAUUCUUGCCUAAAGUCAAACCUUCUUCCGGCUUACCUGGCUGCAUCCUUCGCAAAGAAAUUGAGUAGGUUGUCGCUUUUAGUUCCACCUUUUGGUGUAUGGGUUAUUACAUCUCUGGUUCACAAUAUUUUGCGUAGACAUCCUUCGGUCAACUGUUUAGUGCACCGGGAAGACUUUGAUGAAGACAGUGGUCAUAAAACCGAUGAAGUAAAUGCUUCUAACUUGGAUAAUCCCCAGACUGGUGCGACGGCCUGCCAGAAAUCAGGCAUUGACCAUUUUAACAUUGAUGAAUCUGAUCCUAUGAAGUCAGGCGCUAUGAGAAGCUCUCUUUGGGAAAUUGAUACAGCUCGUCACCACUACUGUCCUCCUGUUUCACGAUCCGCUUUGUCUCUUGAAACUGAUUUGACAGUCAGGGGCAAAACAUGUGAUGUUAAUGUUGGUGAUGUUAGUGCUGCUUCUUAUGCAACAAUACUUGGAUCAGAGAUUACACGGAGGGUGAAGCAGGUUCCUCUAGCAUUCUACAAAACAACACCGUCCUCUCUCUUCUCAGAGAAUGAUUUUGCUGGUUGGACUUUCAAAUGUGAAGAAACUUCCGAAAUCAACGAAAGUAACGAGAAUGCUGCUAAAGAUUUAUUGGAUCCGGAACAUUCCGCUAAAAGACAACGAAUUGAGUGUCAGUGAAUCUGAUAUUGUUUGACGUAUAUGAUUAAUUUUUGCUAAGGGUUUUGCCGAGAAAAGUAGAAAACUUCUAAUGGAGGGCAGUCUUUAUGGGAUUACUGGAUACUGUAGUGAGGAUUUCUGUAGUCUAUGGGGGCAAUUAGUGUGUACCCAAAAAUACCAGUUUUGUGUUCUUUAUUAACUUGGUCCUAUUUAUUUAGUAUUAUUAUAUUUAUUUACAUUAUCAAGUGAUCCUUUAAACUAUCAAAGAUUCAAAACUCUUGUGAUCUCUAGCAAUUAAAGGAACAAAUGAUCUCAUUGUGUAUAGCUCUCAUGAAAUAUAGUAGUCAUUAUGAGGUGCUGUUUGAUUAUCAUAAA